AUGUCAAUCACGAUACAGCGCCAGCUCUUCGCGCGCAGCGAGCGCGUGAAGGGGAUUGACUUCCACCCGCAAGAGCCAUGGAUACUGACCACUCUGUACAGCGGCCAUGUGUACAUCUGGUCAUACGAAACGCAGCAAAUUGUCAAGACCUUCGAGCUUACAGAUGUCCCCGUACGAGCGGGUCGGUUUAUUGCAAGGAAGAACUGGAUCGUUUGCGGCUCCGACGACUUCCAGCUCCGUGUUUACAACUACAACACAUCCGAGAAGAUCACAUCUUUCGAGGCACACCCCGACUACAUCCGUGCUAUUGCUGUCCACCCUACACAGCCAUUUGUCCUCACAGCAUCCGACGAUAUGACUAUAAAGCUCUGGGACUGGGAAAAGGGCUGGAAGUGCGUGCAGGUUUUUGAGGGCCACAGCCACUAUGUCAUGGGCCUGGCCAUCAACCCAAAGGACACAAACACAUUCGCAUCGGCAUGUUUAGACAGGACGGUCAAGAUUUGGAGCUUGGGAUCGUCUACGGCAAACUUCACGCUUGAAGCGCAUGAGACAAAGGGCGUGAACCACGUUGAUUAUUACCCACACUCUGACAAGCCAUACCUUCUCACAACCUCGGACGACAGGACGGUAAAGAUUUGGGACUACACAACCAAGUCCUUGAUUGCCACCCUCGAGGGCCACACAAACAACGUCUCAUUCGCCUGCUACCACCCCGAGCUUCCAGUCAUCAUUUCCGGCUCCGAAGAUGGUACCGUCAGGAUAUGGCAUGCCAACACCUACCGUUUUGAGCAGUCUUUGAACUAUGGCCUGGAGCGUGCGUGGUGUGUCUCAUACCAAAAGGGCAAGCAGGGCGUCGCUGUUGGUUUUGAUGAUGGUGCUGUUGUCGUCAAGCUGGGUCGCGAAGAGCCAGCUGUCUCCAUGGACAACUCUGGAAAACUGAUCUGGGCAAGGCAUAACGAGGUUGUGUCUUCGAUAAUCAAAGGCGGAGAUGCUACGAUCAAGGAUGGCACACCGAUUUCACUUCCCACUAAGGAUCUUGGCACUUGCGAGGUUUACCCCCAGACCCUGAUACACUCGCCGAAUGGCAGGUUUGUCGCGGUUUGUGGCGAUGGUGAAUACAUCAUUUACACGGCUUUGGCAUGGAGGAACAAGGCCUUCGGUUCCGCCCUAGACUUUGUUUGGGCCACCAAAGACAAUAGCAACGACUUCGCCAUCAGAGAAUCUGCGACCAGUGUCAAAGUCUACAAGAAUUUUGUUGAGAAGCCCGGUGGGCUUGAUGUUGGCUUUCAGGCUGAUGGACUAUCCGGUGGUGUCCUCCUCGGAGUCAAGGGCCAGGGUGGUAUUUCUUUCUUUGACUGGGCGACUGGUGGGCUGGUCAGGAGAAUUGAGGUUGAACCGAGACAAGUCUACUGGUCAGAGAGCGGUGAGCUGGUCACACUAGCUUGUGAGGACUCUUUCUACGUACUCAGGUUCUCGCGUGAGAACUACAUCGAGGCUACGCAGGAAGGCAACGUUGACGAGGAUGGUGUCGAGUCUGCCUUUGAGGUUGUCACCGACAUCAACGAGAGCGUCCGUACUGGAGAGUGGGUUGGCGACUGCUUCAUCUACACCAACAGCACGAACAGGCUUAAUUACCUCGUUGGCGACCAAACUUAUACCGUCUCACACUUCGACCAGCCAAUGUACGUUAUAGGCUACAUCCAGAGGGACUCGCGAAUUUACUUGUGCGACAAGGAUGUCAACGUCACUUCGUUCGCCUUGUCGCUGCCAGUACUAGAGUAUCAGACCCUUGUGCUCCGUGGGGAUAUGGAAACAGCCGCCGAACUGCUCCCGUCCAUUCCCCAGGACCAGCUCAACAAAAUCGCGAGAUUCCUGGAGGGGCAAGGUCAUAAGUCUCUGGCACUGGAGGUGGCCACGGACCCAGAACACAAGUUCGACCUAGCGCUGGCGCUCAAUCACCUUGAUAUAGCACUGGAGCUGGCUCGCGAGGCUGAUGUCGACCACAAAUGGAAGACUGUGGGAGACGCAGCGCUGGCAGCUUGGGACGUCGCCCUUGCAACCGAGUGUUUCAGCCAUGCACGCGAUCUCGGCUCCCUCCUCCUGCUAUAUAGCUCCACCUCGGAUAAGGAAGGUUUACAGAAGCUGGCAGAGCAGGCGACGGAGGCGGGUGCGCACAACGUUGCUUUUACAUCCAGGUGGCUUCUGGGCGACGUUGCGGCCUGCGUUGGAAUCCUGCGAAGCACAGGCAGACUCGCCGAGGCGGUACUGUUUAGCCAGACUUACAAGCCGAGCCUCGCCCCGGCCGUGGUCAAGGAAUGGAAGGAGAGCUUGGAGAGCAGCAAGAAGGGCAGGGUAGCGAGGAUGUUGGGCAGUCCUGAGGAGGACGGGGAUGAGCUGUUUCCAGAAUGGGAGGAGUGGCUGAAGCUCGAGGCAGACGGGGGAUCUGCUGUUGACGCCACCGCAGCGCCAAAGAAGGCGGCGAUUGCCGCGGAUGAAGACGACGAAGACGAGGAAGAAGAAGAUGACGAGGAGGAAGAUGACGAUGAUGAAGAGGAUGCGUAG